AGGGGGUGACGUCAGGGUCUAUCCCUGCUCCUCCUGCGACGCGCACCUAUGGCCGACAGGACCCGGCUGCGCUCUGGGGCCCACAAGGCUCGGACUUCUCGAAACGCCGCAGGUGCUAAACAGACAAGUGCCUUGAAACAAGAAGAUGCUUCUAAGCGGAAAGCAGAACUAGAAGCAGCUGUGAGAAAGAAGAUUGAGUUUGAGAGAAAAGCUCUACGUAUUGUUGAACAGCUUUUAGAAGAAGAUAUUACAGAAGAAUUUCUGAUAGAGUGUGGGAAAUUCAUCACACCUGCUCACUACAGUGACGUUGUGGAUGAGCGCUCUAUUAUCAAACUCUGCGGUUAUCCUUUAUGUCAGAAGAAGCUGGGAGUAGUACCAAGGCAGAAAUAUAAAAUUUCUACAAAAACCAAUAAAGUCUAUGAUAUUACUGAAAGAAAGGCUUUUUGCAGCAAUUUCUGUUAUAGAGCAUCUAAGUUUUUUGAAGCACAAAUUCCCAAAACUCCAAUAUGGGUUCGAGAAGAAGAAAGAUACCCUGAUUUUCAGCUGCUAAAGGAAGGAGAAAGUGGCCAUUCUGGAGAAGAAGUACAGUUAUACAGUAAAGCCAUUAAAACAUCAGAAAUCGACAAUCACGAUCAUUUUGAAAAGCAGUACGAAUCUAGUUCUGGCACCCAUAGUGAUAGUAGCAGUGAUAAUGAGCAAGACUUUGUUUCCUCCAUGCUGCCAGGAAACAGACCAGAUGCGAUGGGUAUAAGGCCACAGACACACACGAAAAGCAUAAAAAAGAAAGAUGAUCAAAAAGCUAACUCCAAACAUGAAGAUAAAGAACAGAUAGUAGAAGAUGUCACUGAACAGUUAGGCAAUUGCAGUUUAGAUAGUUGGGAAAAAGCUACUGCUUGUGAACUUCCUUUACAGAACCUAAAUAGUCAGAUUGCUUCAAAUACUCCUUUGCAUGAACGAUUAAAAGUGCCAGAAAAUUCUGAAAAUAAAUACAGUAGGUCAGAAAUAACUCUAGUAGGCAUAAGUAAGAAAAGUGCUGAGCAUUUUAAGAGGAAAUUUGCCAAAUCAAACCAAGUUUCUAGGUCAACCUCCACUUCAGCGCAAGUGUGUCUUGAGGUUGCAAAGACAAACUUACUUAGAGUUCUGAAGGAGACUUUGAUUGAGUGGAAGACAGAAGAAACUUUGAAGUUUUUGUAUGGCCAGAAUUACGCUUCUGUGUGUCCAAAUCCCUCUUCAGCCUCUCCAGCUAAAGAAGAACUUGAUGAGGAUGACAUAAACACUGACCCAGAUAGUAAUUUCCCCACCCAGAGGGAAACUCAGAACAGUUUGGAUGAGUCUUUACCUUUCAAAUGCUCAGGUACAGCCAGUAAACCAUUGCCAAGUUAUGAGAACUUGAAAAAAGAAACGGAAUCGUUAAAUCUAAGAAUCAGGGAGUUUUACAGAGGACAAUAUGUUCUAAAUGAAGAAACCAACAAGUCACAAGACUCAGAUGAGCAUGAUCAUCCUGCCUUUCCACUGAUAGAUUCAAGUUCCCAGAACCAGAUAAGAAAACGCAUCGUACUUGAAAAAUUAAGUAAAGUAUUGCCUGGACUUUUGGGUCCUCUUCAGAUUACAUUAGGAGAUAUUUCCACAGAGCUUAAAAAUCUUGUCCGAACUUUCAGAUUAACAAAUAGAAAUAUCAUACACAAACCUGCUGAAUGGACCUUAAUCGCAGUGGUGUUGCUAUCAUUACUGACCCCAAUUCUUGGCAUCCAGAAGCAUUCUAAGGAAAAUGUGGUGUUUACACAGUUUAUAGCCACCCUCCUUGAAGAAUUACAUUUCAAGAAUGAAGACCUUGAAAGUUUAACCAUCAUCUUUAGAACUAGCUGUUAACCAGAGAGAUAUAAUCCAUAAAGACAGAAAAAAUGAACUUCUCUUCACCCUUUCUGGAAUUCUAGCUAAAUGAUGGUCUGGUGAUGACUGAUAACUAACUUUUGUUGGAAGACAGACUUUAUCUUCUUAGAUUUCAACCUCCACACCCUCCCCUGCAACACACAAGUCCCUAAUGUAGAGGAUGACUUUCCCAGAGCACAACCAUUAUUCCAACAAGGAUAACCAAGUCCUUGCAUCCGUAGAUACAAGGCAAAUAUUUGAAAAUGAAUGUUGAAGUCUUAAAUUGAAACUUGAAUAAAUAGUCAAGAAAAUAAUGAUCUCUAAUUUUUCCCAUAUCAAUUGACAACAAAUGGAUGUCUCAGUCUGUACUGUUGAUUCUAAAUAAUGGCAAUAUUCAAUAAAUGCAAUCUAAAAUGAAA